CAAAGAGAGAAAACAGGAACUGGCAUUAUGUCAUCUUACACGAAAAGCUGUAAUCCAUUUGAUGAUGAUGACGAUGACAAUGAAGGUUUGAAGCCCAGGAAGUGGAAUUAUGGCAAUGACAACUUUAAUGGUUCUCUUUUUCUCAUUUAUGAAUCUGAGCAAGUUGGAGUAGCUACAUCAGAGGAACUUGUGCGUCAGGGUGAGGCACUAAAGCGCACUGAACGAAUGGUGGAUAAAAUGGACCAGGAUUUAAAGAUCAGUCAAAGACACAUAAACAGCAUAAAAAGUGUCUUUGGUGGUUUUGUAAACUACUUCAAAUCUAAACCUCCAGAAACUAAGCCUGAACAGAAUGGGGCCCCUGAACACCAAGCAAACAGCAGAUUAAAAGAAGCCAUGGUUUUUAGUAAAGAACAGGAAUCAAAGUACCAAGAGAGUCAUCCAAAUUUAAGGAAGCUGCGUAAUUCUGACUAUGACUUAAGUGGAACCAGUUUGGAAUCUUCUGCUCAAUCCGAAGUUUAUCCAAAGAAUCAACAUCUCCGAGCUUACCACCAGAAAAUUGACAGCAACUUAGGUGAAAUGUCGGAUGGGCUGAGCCGUCUGAAAAACCUGGCUCUGGGUCUACAGACAGAAAUUGAAGAGCAGGAUGACAUUCUUGACCGGCUAACCAAAAAAGUAGAUACACUGGAUGUCAAUAUUACAAGCACUGAAAGAAAAGUCCGACAACUUUAAAGACUUCUCAGAAAUUCUUUCCUUCAGUGUAAGGUCUUAUAUGAUUAUCUUGCUGGGGCUUUUUUUGGGUUGGGGAAGGUAUUGUUUUGGUUUUAAAUCUUGGGCAAUAUCCAUUUCUUUCUUUGUAAGUGACUUACACUCCAGAGUCUGCAAUUUUAAUGAUAGCUAAUACAAGACCUUAAAACACUUCUUGAUGUAUACAGAAGUGUAUGUUGGACAGGACAUCUUUCUGCAUCUGGUUUGAGAUUCAUGCCUUCACUGUGGAUGUCCACUCAUAUGUCAUGUGCAUGUAGGACUUUUCAGUGUUUCAGUGCCGUUUCCCCUAAAGCUAUGGCAAAGAUAACCGAAUAGUACAGAAUGUACUGUUUGUUUCAGAACAAAUGGUUGCCAGUUGUAAUUAUUUUUAAACAGGCAUAUGUACACAUACAGAUUACCACCUGUAAAAAUAUUUCUGAAUGAUGUCCCCUAGCAUUUCUCUGUGGGUUCCUAAAGAAUCUCAGAAGUCUCCAGGCAAUUGGAUUAGUUGUUAAAUGUGACAUGCAGUGUUGUGUUCCCUUUCUGCCUUGGAGGUAGUGUCAACUAAUCCCCCUCAGUAUUGUCAAGAUUAUCACAAAAUACUGAUCUUGAAGGCUCCAAUCCUGAAAUCUUUCCUCUAUUGCAAACAGGCACAAGUAACUUUACAUUUUUAGACCCUGAUUCUGCACAUCCAAAUAUCCUCCACCAAUGUUGGUGGUUGUUCUUUUUUAUGUGCUGCCUUUUGGCAGCCUACUAAGUAGGUAAUUAUUUGAACAGCAGCAACUGUUAGAAAUGGAGAUAUGGACUAGUAUUUCAAUUUCUAAUUUUUUUUCUCAAAUAAGAAAGGUGGAGUGGGGCGUUCAUGCCUGUAGUCUUAUGUUACUUCACCUCCAUCACCACUGUUGAAAAAUUAAACUUGUACCUACAUGCUUUUCAGUUCUCUGGCUUUGCAAUUCUGAUUUUCUGCAGAAGACAAAUGCCUUUAUUUCAGUUUUUGAAAUCCAAACUGUCUUUCCCCCUGCUGUUUUUUUCCCCUUUAAGCCUUAGUAAAUAACACUGUUGAACAAAAAUCACUUCAAUUCUACCAUCUUGGGAAAGUAACAACCAAAAGGCCAUCAUCUACCUGAUCUGGUGACCUCUGUAAAAUGAGCUGGUAAUGUCUGUUCAAAUCUUAUGAGGUAAGCAUCCAUAUCACAAAAUCACCACCAUAUUUGAUAGUAAGAACCUUGUUAGCAGUCGCAGCAGUGAGGCCAGCAAAUUUAAAAACCUGCUCACUGCAACAGAUCCCUACAGAUGGCACAUUGAUUGGCACUGUGGGGAAUCAUGUACACAGUUGCCUGUACUGCAUGAUGUGUUGGUAAAUAGAAAACUUUGUUUUCUGGCUCUGUUAAUUUGGCACAUUUCAUGAUCAAAUUCACACUUUUUAAAAAAAAUAAGACUUGUUCAGAUGGUUAAAAAUCCCAUCUUCUGACACACUCCCUCUAGCUUAGAGAGGACUUAGAAUUUUCAACCUUCUUGUUCUAUACAGUCUAGGUAGGAAGGUGAAGCAUUAAACCAUCUGUUAGGGGCAAUGUUACUUCUCUAGGUCUCCUGGUAAUUACAUUCCCAGCUGUGAAACCAUUCAAAAACUAGUUUAUGCUGCACUUUGCAAAGAAAGUGGCUGCUGCCAGCAGGAAAUACACAGUUGCCAAUUGCAAUAGUAUACUGCCAUGUAUUUCAUUACCUUUCAUUUUCUCUUUAUCUGCCAUUUGGAAGUUUGAAAGCCUGUUACUACCUACAGAUCUUCUCCCCCUUGUUUAUACAUACCAUGACAACUUCUUUUCCUCACUAUAAGGAUAUUCAUCAAUGAUAAGCUGUCUCUUAAUAUUAAGGCAUUUAUUUAUGAAGUAACUGGUGUCAUUAACUUGUAAAAAGCUGAAAGUAGGUGAGGGGAAGGAAGAUUGUAACAUUUGUCCUAUGUACAUUUGGCUUAAGUAAUCUUUGAAAAACAAUGUGGGGAGGUUAGGGUGGGUGUGGGUUUUGUGCUAUAGACUUCCAGAACACAGAGCUGAUUGACAGGCAUCUUUAUUUUAUGGGUCUAAGCUGUGUGUGUAUACGUAUUCUAUCCUGAGUUUUAAAACUGUGCAAAAUUCUACUAGUAAAUUGGUAACAUUAUUCUAUUUUUGAAAUCUGCCUUCAUGUGUAUGUGCUUACCCCUCAACUAGACUUUUCCUAAAGGAAGACAUUGGUAAUCUGUGUGCAGGCUGAAUAGUUUUCUCUAUUGAGUUGUAGCUAAUGAAGAAGAAUCUAGUGAUGAGAUUGUGUAUAUUGAAAUCAAGAGGAAAGACAGGGCUUGGAUAUGAACAAUGAUAGCAUUUCAUUUGUUAGUUUCUCAUAUGCCUUUCUGACAUACAUUAUAUUUCUUCUUAAACUAAAUUAUUUCAUUAAAAGAUAACCUUUUUUUUUUUUAAUAAAGUAACUUUAUCAACCUUACUAAAAUCUGCUUGUGUCCUUAGCGGAGAGAACCUUGUUGUAAGAAAUCUGCUUUAGCUUUUAGAAAACUUGAUUUUUACACAUUUCAAACCAGAACUCAGAUUAGAUGGGAGUUCCACAAAGGACUAAUUCCUCAUCUUUUUACUCAACCCCAUUCACUUUUGCCAAUUGGUGACAUCUGCAGUUAUUUCUUUAUUGUUUAGGGGCUUCCUGUUCUUCUAACUUCUGUGAUCCUAUUUUAAAGGCUUGCUUUCUACAUUAGGACUGUUUUGUAGGAAUGUGAGUUGUGUUUAACCAUAAAUUAAAAUCUCCUACAAGCUGAACUCUUUUUUUCCCUAGCUUUCAUAGAAAAUGCAAUUGUGGGCUGCUAAAGAACAUAUUGUAAAUGUUAACCUCAUGAAGAGAACAGUGCUGUAUUUUGUAAUACAGUGAUGAAAUUCUUGCUAAAAUUACAUUUUUUACAAAAGAGGAAAUAACUGAAAAGCUGACUUACUUUCUUUCUUAGAAAUGUUUUCCUAGCCAUGCUGCUGAAAGUUUAUUUUCUGUAAUUAGUUUUAGCUCUUGCAUCUACAAUGCCAUUUCCUCUUUCUCUCAAAUACCAUUGAGAAAUUCAUCCUCUCAUAUUGGCUUAAGCUUUUUUGGAAAUGAUUAUGCAAGUUUACUACAGUGUCCCAUUUAUACCAACUACUCUGCUUAAGUGUGCUUUUAUCAGGGUAGUUCCAUUGUAGCAGAACAUCUCUGGUGACACUGUAGACAAAGCAAUGUUAAUUGGCUUGAGUGGAAACCAGCAUUAAAUUUCAAAGUAAGGUUGCAAAAUCUUCUCUGCUGGCAUCUUUAUAAAGUAAUACAGACUCCCGCCUAGGAAGAUUUCUUCUUCAAAUAUGAUUCACGGUAUUACAAAUAUUCAGAUUUUUUUUUCCUCUUCCUGAGCAUAGAUUUGACAGUGAGUAGCCUUUUUAAAAAUUAAAUCUGUACAUUAGCUUCUUAUAUCUAUAAAACUGUUCUUAAACAGUCAACCCAAACUUCACUAAAUCUAGGGCAGCCAAGAUGUAGGGCUACAAGGCUUUGUUCUUACACUAGGAACUGCACAGGCUAAGCCUCACUAAAAACAUUGGACACAGAGGUUUGCCUGCAUGAUGCCCAAUACAAGGUCAUGACCUAUGACUUUGUAUCUAUAUACAGAAUGUCUAAAAAACUUUUGCUGUAUUGAGGCUACUGCAUUUAGGUCAUAUGCAAACAGUACUCUCUGAAAUUUAGCUUGUGCCUAAAAUUUCAGAUUUUUUUACAUGAUUUAAAUGAAAAUAUUUUGCUGCCUCAUAGCUUUUGUGAAGUGUUUGCCUGGUGUAGAACUAGGGAAUAGAAAAUACACUUUCCAGCUGUUCAGCUUUAAGAGAAAACUCACUGUUCCUUUUUUCCGAUGGAUAAUUCCAUUGGAAAGAACAUUUUUGGCUUUGAAAUUUGUAAGACAUCAGCAUUACAGUAGUGAUUAUUUGACCACACCCUGGCUUUAUUAACAGUAACAUAAUUGUACACCUCACAGAUGUAAUACUUUUUUAUGUAAGCAAAAUUUAAUUUUUGCUUCCUUUUUAAUGAAAGAUUAAACUGGAUUGUAAUUCAGCAAUUUAAGAUGUCAAAUUGAAUCUAUUUUGAACAGUGAAAUGCUCAAUAAAGGUGGUUGUGUGUAUGAAAA